AUGAAAUUGAUUGGUUAUACAGUAAGAUCAUUUGAAAAGACAAAAAUAGAUGAUACAAGAACAAUAACACACGAAGAAAUUUUAUCAGUUAAAGAAUAUUUGACCAUCAAUCGACCAUUAACUGAAUUUAAUGAAUCUGCUUUAUUAGAUCUUAAUCCUAUCCUUCUAUCAAUAAGGUUUGCCACUCUGACAAGUCAUUUUAUUGUUGUACCUAAUUGGUCUAUUGUUCAAGAGAAUGGUGGAAUUACUUCGUGUCAUGGUCGACCACCACAACAUUCUUCUCCUUAUAAAAAUCAAUGGUUUGGUGGAGAUAUUUUUCAUUUUAUAGAAGUAUUCGAUUUUCCUAAAAAUAAAUUUAUUGGUAUUGGCCAUUUCUUGGAUGAACAUGCAUUAGUGUUUGCUGCUACAAUAGCAUCAAGACGAUUAUUUCAGUCACUACUCUCACCUUCAUCAUGUUAUGAAAUUACAAAGAAUAAACUUGAAUCUAUUCUACGUUCAAAAAAAGGCAAUAGUUAUCCAUUGAGAAGUAUCAGUUGA